UUUUUCAACAGGGUCAGGCACUUUUAUCAGUUCUUCUUUGUUAGCCCUUUUUGCAACUGGAUUUAUUAUUUCCAUGUGUUCUUGUAAUGACUUUGUUGUAAUUGUGAAUAAAUUUGUUCAUUAUUACAUUUCCUUUUAUUGUUUCUAUUUUGAUCAGAAACAAAAAAUACCGUACAAAGACAAGAAUUUUGGUACAGUGAUAAAAAAGCUAUACAAGACGUACAUUUGCUGUAUGAGUAACGUCUAAGGACUAAGCAAAAACGAGACGUGCGUUCACUGUUAGUUCUGAGCAGAAGGACCAGCUGGGGAGAUUCUUUCAAGCGGUUGGAAUUUUAACUUUACCAUCUAUAUAUAUAUCUUUGAAGUGUUGACACAUGUGAAAUCUAAAUUAGCUGAGUUUCCAAAAUUAAACAACCAUAAUAAGGACUCGACUAGGAAUUCGCUUGUCCUGCAGAUUCCUGCUCAUAGACUGUCAAAAAAAGAAAGAAUUGAAAUAAUGUCUGAUUCGAUAAGCGAUGAAGUAGCAUCUGAUAUACUUGCAUAUUUGGAGAGUUCAGUAGACAUGUCACUGGAGCAAGACGGUAAUCUCAAUCCAGUUAUGGAAGAACUCCAAGAGAUUGAUUUAUGCCUGGCGCAUAAGGAAAAUGUCCCACUAGUGACGCAGGAACUUCCGUCCACAUCUAAAGAUCAAACAAUCGAUGGAAAGACUGCGUCUGAGUCUACUGAUGAAGAAAGAACUCUGAAAGAUUCUGGUACAGUAUGCGAUGAUCCACUAGAAAUCGUGAAGCCUGGUGAAAUAGCGACAAACAAACGACCUUCAAGAUCCCGUACUAAAAAACCAUACCAUUAUUUAUUACCUCCAUCAAUGAGAAAAAGGAAAAUUUCUCCGUAUGCUUCCGAUGCUCCCAACAAGAAAAGGAAUGAACCUGUGAUGUCUCUCGUGGACAUAGCUGCGCACUAUGUUGUCAAGAAUGGAAAAGAUUUAAUGGAAAUAUAUAACUUGAAGCAAAGCCUGGUUCACAAGAUGAUCGAGUCAAAACUUUACUCUAAGGACCAGGUGUGUAGAUUACACAAAGUUUCAUACGACCUACGUAAAAAGAUAAAAUUGCUACGAGUAAUUGAAAUAGGCGAUAUCCCCGAAGAAAUUGUCGAGGAGUAUAUACUAGCUAAUACAAGACCAUACUACAGUAAAUGAAAGUCAAGAGUCAUCUCAUGAAAGGCCAGUAGAAAAGUUUAAGGCUCCAAAGAACUCGUUGAAACGUCGUGCUGUCGAUGAAGACCCGAGAAUUUCCCAUGCUUUUUCCAUUAUGGACAACGUAAAUAAGCAGAUGGAAGCAAGAAAACGUGACGAUGAUGACAUUUUUGCUGCAGGCGUCGCAACGAAAUUAAGAAAAAUUAAAGAUGAGCGAAAGAAGAUUUUAGUGCAAAGGGACAUUGAUAAUUUGUUGUAUGACGCGAUUAUUGGUACUGGAAAAUAUGGUACCGCUUUCAAGUUUUCAAG